AUGCGUUCCUCCAUCUUCGUCUCCGCUGCUGCCUUCGCCCUCGCGUCGGCUCAGACUCCCGACUCAUUCCCUCAGACAGCCUACCUCACCCAGACCAACUCCUUGGGUGUUGUCACUGGCGGACCUGCUGUCGUAACCGCCAUCCCAUCCCAGCCUGCCCCCGACACGUCUAUUCCUGCUCAACCACCCGUUGUCACCUCCCAACCUAUUCCCGACAACAUCCCUGCCGUCGGCACCGGUCUCCACACCCUCAUUCUUCCUGGUACAGGCUCUGCCUUCAACCAGACCCGCACUGUCACUGUCAGCGCCAACAACAGCACCACCAUCAUCCUCACUCCCUCUACCACUUCCUCCGGCCCCGAUGCUACCGGAAGCGGUGCCUCAGGUAGCGGUGCUACGCGCUCUGGUGCGCAGACUGGUUCCCAGACCGGCUCCGGCGCAACAGCAUCAGCUACUGGUGCUGCUGCUCGCAACUUCAACGCUGCCGCUGGUGGUAUUCUCGGUUUCGGUGCCUUCAUGGCCGCUUUCUUGUAA